GCUUCCCUGGCGAGGUGGCGCGGGCGGCGGAGGACUCGUCGAUGGCCGUCGCGGCGGUGCAGCAUCUCAUCGACGGGGUCCAUUCCUUCACCGGUCUGAACUGGUGGAUUUCUAUUGCUCUGUCCACGGUGCUGCUACGGUCUGUGUCGUUCACUUUGUGGAUGCUUGCUAGGAAACAAUUAUAUGAGAUGCGUCAGGAGGUGCAACAAACUAGCAAGUUAUUGAACAAUGCUAAGGAUGAUGCAUCAAGAGAAGAAGCUGAGCGUGUUGUAUGGUCUUCACUAAAAAAGAUAGGUGUUGUAAUAUAUCUUCCACUAGCAAUGACGCCCUAUACCUUAAUAACUCUUCACAUUGCUAUAUCAAACAUGGUUGAGAAUGUCCCAUCUCUAAAAGGGGGUGGAGCAUUCUGGUUUACUGAUCUGACGACCCCUGAUGCUUUCUGCAUGUUUCCUAUGAUGACAUCUCUGUUCAUCAUUCUUACGUCAGAGCUGAAGUACAGUACUGUAAGGAAAUGUAAAGGAUGCUCUGGCCCGAUUGACAAAGUAAAAGGGGUUCAGAGAGUAAUAUCUCUUCUGUCUAUGGUGUAUACAGCAAGCCUUCCUCAGGCGAUUUCUUGUUUCUUCGUCACAUGGAGUUCUCUAAGUCUUGCAGAAAGGAUAGCUCUCGAACAGCCAGCUGUGCAGAAAGUACUAUUUGGUGCGCCCUUAAUAAAACAAAGGUGUUCCUCUUGUGAUGGACAAAAUGGGCCAACUGCUGGAGAAGCCCCGUCUCCUGUCAAAGAACAGGAAGAACCAGUUUGCCCGGAGACAAAGAAAUCUUCUGAUGCUAGCAUUCACAGCGACGAGGCUGACAAGAAAUCAACCAAAGACAGUUAAAUGCAGAUACAGUCCCGGCUUACCCCACAUCCUAUACAUUAACUCCCUGGGGCAGUAGCAAUAUUCUAGUAGCAAACAGCCCCUUGUGCUUUAUCUGACUCCUGUGAGUUAAACUGCAAUUCUAGGAUUACAGUGGCUGUCCAUUAAGCAGAAUAUAGGUAUAGCAGCAUAUCUUGGUUAUAAUUUACAACACUGCUAACGUUUUAUGUC